AUGUCGCUUUACCGCUCCAUGCCGCGUAGAAACCUCGAAGGGCAAGUCUCUCUUGCCAAAUGGCCGACAUCGACGCCAUCCCGUUCUCCAGCGUGGGAUGUCGAUGACUCGACGGCGCAGACUGUUAGCAAACUCAACUCGUAUUUCGGAUUUCGUCCUCCGACUGCAUACGGCAAGUCGGCUCUUGCUUCACCCGCCUACUCCCCGGAGCUCCCGCACCUUUACCCUGACGGAACCCCUGAACUUCGGCACGACACACCUUCAGACGUCAGGACGCGCACAUCGUCGUUCGGCCCAGAGACGCCUCCGACCAAGUUUGAUCCCUCUUUCCAGUCCGAGCCGCAUGUCCAACCACCUACGCCGGCCCGCCACGGCCAUUCGCAUCUCCGCUCGUAUUCCGACGGAUGCAGUCUACACAGCUUUCGAUCAGACCAUGGAGCCGCUUCUGAGUCGAUGGACUACGACCACAAGCCCCCUUCACACGCCGCCAUGAUGUCCAGGGCUGGCGACAAUCUGUCAUACCAAGCACCAGCUCAGGAACCGUUGUCUCCGCAUCACAACUACACGGUCAACCUCACCCGCGACAACCGAGCCGUCACCCUGUGCUUGACAUCAGGGGAGUCGCCAAAUCCAGCACACCCCACCAUCACUUGCUAUCGCCAAACGUAUCUCCCAAUCGGGGGCCAGUGUGCCGAGUUCUUCAAAGCCUCCGAGGCGCUCUCCCUCCUCCAGCACAUGGUCAACGCACCGUCGCAGCCCUUUGUGCCUUUCACCAGACAGGAACGUGUCGAAUUGAUGCGAUGCAUGCGUCACACCGACGAGAGCAUGAUCCUCGGCGAACCGUGUUCCAACGCCCGCGCAUGGACGACAUUCUUCUCCGCCGAACUCGCGGCCGGCAGAGCCUGGGAAGCCAAGACCGUCAUCUUCCCCUGGGCCGUCCUCCAAAAGCUCAUGAACUCUCUCAACUCCGAGUGGCGGAAACGGAAGCUGCAGGCAAACGCGGCCACCCCUCACGUCUUCAGAGACAAGGACGAGCCGACGAGAACGCGGGGACUCAUGUACUACGGCUACUCCCUCGAGCCGCGCACCUUCUCACUGAGCCUCUCCGAAUCCAGCACACCCCCGGACGUCAUCGUCGACCACCACUCGGCGCCGUCAGCAUCACCCCCGCCCCGGACGCCGACGGAACCCAACCCGCCCGCCCGGAUCCAGUUCAUGCGCGCCAAAUCACCACCAUCCUCAUCCAGCCCCAUCCGCCGCCGACGCCAAAACUCGGAACCCGUCCGCCGCCUCAGCCUCUCCCCGCCCCGCAUCGCCCUCCUCAAGUCCAACCCGUGCCGCCAGAGCCUGCGGCGGCUGCACGCCGCCUCCACGCCCUCCCGCCUCGUCUUCUACGACUCCAUCCGCACCUGGCCGGCCAGCUCGCACCGCUCCCGCGUCAGGCUGCCGCCCUGUUCCAAGUUCCUGGAGCUCACCGCCGACCGGGGUGCCGACGCGCGCAACCCCAUCAUGCUGUAG